ACAGCAGAUAAACAAAUCAGAUGCGUGUUGUGUCCAAGCAGUGUGUCCUCAUGAUGUGUGUAUGUAUAUAAACUAGAGAGAUUUCCCUCCAAAGGAGGAAGAAGCAAAGCAUCUCAUUCCCCCACCUCACCUCUGUUGGUCUCCCUCCGUUUAGCUUUUGUAGCUUUCCCCCCCUUGUUGCGUGCAAGCAUCUUCCCCUCUCUUUCAUCCCCUCCUCGCAUUGGCCACCCAGCCAAGCUUCCGCUGUAACAGCAAUACACACACUGCUGCUGCUCCUGCGUCAGUCCUAGCUCUGAACCUCUGAUACAGACAGGCAGGCGUGCUCCUUUCUUGUUUGUUUGUUUCCUGGUUGCUUGCCUUGUUUGAUAAGAGAUCGGGAGAACGAGAGCGCGGCGAAGAGGAGGGAAGGGAAGGGAAGGCACAGCUCGUGACGCCAAGCUUGGCAUCUUUCUAUCGCCACACCUCUGUUUGUUUGUUGCACAUCAAUGCACUCCUUCCUUGCCUCCCCUGCAUGCAAUCCUUGUGCCCUGGGCUCGCCGUCGGUUGGCUGCCUGGCUGCAAGCAUACGCUUCCUGUCCCUGCAUUUGCAUUUCCUUCUGCUUUAGCUACAAGAAUCUGAGCGCUUGCUAGCUAGGAAUAGGAUAGGGCGCUACUGUUUCAAGUGUGUGUGCUCUGUGCAUUGCCAUUGCUGGAAGAAGCGAUUCUUCUGGUUGGGGGGCCAAGAACACCAGAGCCUGUGUGUUGUUCAUGCUCCGAGAGGCUGCUGUUCUUGGAGGGAUCAGGGCAGAGGGGGGAGGUGAUCGAGGGCUAACGGCUGGGCAUGCGUUUCACGACAGGUGGCUCCUCGACGCGGGCAUAUGAGCCGAUGGCGACGGCGGACACCACGGACCUGCGCUACUGGCUGCACUGGCGGGUGGGGCUGUGCGCGCUCUGGGUGCUCGGAUGCAUGUCCGUCGCGGCCUACCUCAUAUGGCGACACGAGGGCCCCGGCACCGAGCGCCGGCCGAGCGGCGCAUCGUCCUCGGCGGCGGCGGGAGCAGGCGGCGGCGAGGGGGACAGGAAGGGGAGGCGGCCCGGGGUGCUAUACGACGACGAAGCGUGGCGGCCGUGCCUCCGGGACAUCCAUCCGGCGUGGCUGCUCGCCUACAGACUCAUCUCCUUCUUCGUCCUCCUCAGCCUGCUCAUUGUCAUUGUCAUCUCCGAUGGUGGCAACAUCUUCUACUACUACACUCAGUGGACCUUCAUUCUGGUGACGGUUUACUUCGGGCUUGGCACGGCGCUGUCCAUCUAUGGCUGCAGCAAGUUUGCCGAUGAGAAUGCCGCCGCGGCGACGGCAGAUAUGGAGCUUGGCAGGAGUUACAUUGCGCGUGGCGCGGCUGCUAAGCCGAGCUUUGCCGAAGGAGAUGGCUCCAGAGAGAUUGCUGGGUUCUGGGGGUACCUGCUCCAGAUCAUCUAUCAGACAAAUGCAGGCGCGGUGAUGCUAACUGACUGUGUGUUUUGGUUCAUCAUUUUCCCAUUCCUUACCAUCAAAGAUUACAAUAUGAACUUUUUGCUGAUAGGGAUGCAUUCAGUUAAUGCUGUUUUCCUGCUUGGCGAAGCUGCUCUAAAUAGCUUGCUCUUCCCUUGGUUCCGAAUUGCGUACUUCUUCUUUUGGACCGCUCUUUACGUCAUUUUUCAAUGGAUUGUCCAUGCAGCAUCUCCAAUUUGGUGGCCUUACCCAUUCCUCGACUUGUCAUCUAAUUUUUCACCUUUGUGGUACCUCGCUGCCGCGGUCAUGCAAAUACCGUGCUACGUGGUGUUCAGACUGGUGAUCAAACUGAAACACCACCUGCUCUCCAAGUGGUUCUCAGGCUCGUUCGUCAGAGGCUAGAGCACAAGCCAAGCCGUCUCCUUGGCAUCCGUUGCGAGCAGCUCAUUCAGAAAUGGCGAUGAGAAAUGCAAGCGACAAAAUAAUGGCAGAUCGAGUUCUUUGUGGGAUUCUUAUGCAGGUGCCCUCUCUCUCCAAGGAAAGAAUAGAGGAGAGGGGCACAUGCGUUUUACACCAUAUAGUUUGAUGUACAUGGAAGCAACACAGGUUAAGAGUUUUUGCAGUCAUGGAAACUGAACAAAAAAGAAGGGGGAAAUGAAUGGUUGUGUAUAGUUGACUGAUUGGUGAGAAUUGAAAUGGAGAUGAUAUUCGUUGA